AGUGAUAAACAAAAAGUGUCCUUUACCCUAGUAAAUUAAAUACGCUGAUUCAAUAAACACUUUAAAGUUGUGACAUUUAUUUCUCCAACUAUCUCACCACCACCCUCCAUUGAAGUGUAGCAGUAGCAGUUAUUACAAACCACGUUACUUCCCUCACAUUUUGCAUUAUAUAAACUCACUUCUUUCACUCUCAAAUAGUCUCACUGCCUCCUUCUUCAUACAACUAAUUUGAGUGAGUGAGUGAGUGAGUGAGUGGGUGGGUGAGUGAGUGAGAAAAAUGGGUAAGUGUAGCAUUGCAUUUGUUGUGACACUUCUUUUAGUGCAAUCUGCCUUGGCAGCUAGAAAUGCACCAGUAAAAACCACCACAACAACCACCAAUGUGGUGGACACCACUAAGAAAGGUGUAGUUGCACCAACAACUGACAAGAAGAACUUUGUUUCUUUCGGUGGGAUCGGAGGAGCCGCUGGCGCUGGUGUUGGCGUUGUAGGAGGACUACCCGUUGGUGGUAUCGGUGCUGGUGGACUAGGAGGAGCUGGUGGUCUAGGAGGUUUGGGUGGAGCUGGAGCUGGUGGACUAGGAGGAUUGGGUGGAGCUGGUGGCUUAGGCGGUGCUGGAGGAGGACUUGGUGGUUUAGGCGGUGCUGGGGGAGGACUUGGUGGUUUAGGCGGUGGUACUGGAGGACUUGGUGGUUUAGGUGGCGGUGCUGGAGGACUUGGUGGGUUAGGUGGCGGUGCGGGAGGCCUUGGUGGUGCUGGUGGAGGUGCUGGUUUGGGUGGACUUGGUGGGGCAGGUUGCGGUGGUGGUCUUCCAGUUAUUCCUUAAGAAUAUUAUCAUAAAUUAAAUAAUAUAGGAGUUUAUGCAUGGUGUGAUUAAUUAUGUUUUGACUAAAAUUAAUAUGAUGCAGCUGUUGGUAUUAUUUUGUCAUUAUUAUGUUCUUAGUCUUUAAUUUUGUUGUUUAGAUGGUAUUCAUUGUUUGUAAUACGGAGUACGGGAGUAAAUAUGCAUGAGAUCGAGCUAGUUAGGGCUUGUAGAACUCUCUUUUGCGUAUGUUUUGGUUUGUAUGUUUGCUAGCGUUUGUUGUUAUUCAAUAAAGGCUACGGAGUAAUUUUUUUCUUUUAA